AUGGCGAGAAACGACAGCGCAGUGUCUCCGAGGCUAUUCAGAGGCAGGGCUAUGAUUCUCCUCCUCGCCCUCCUCAUUCCUGACCCCACCGGGUUGGAGACUGGCCGCACUGGCGGCGGCACCGGACAUUUCGCAGAAGCGCUUCCCUUCAUUCUGCCCCGCAUUCUGGUUUUCCAGUCCCACUCUUCCUCUCCCUGCCAUUCCUUCUCUCCCCUGCGCUUCCCUCUCGCACCUUGCCCCGCAUUCUGUCCCACUCUUCCUCUCCCUGCCAUUCCUUCUCUCCUCUGCGCUUCCCUCUCGCACCUUGCCCCGCAUUCUGGUUUUCCAGUCCCACUCCUCCUCUCCAUGCCAUUCCUGCUCUCCCCUACGCUUCCCUCUCACGCCUUGCCCCGCAUUCUGGUUUUCCAGUCCCACUCUUCCUCUCCCUGCCAUUCCUUCUCUCCCCUGCGCUUCCCUCUCGCACCUUGCCCCGCAUUCUGGUUUUCCAGUCCCACUCUACCUCUCCCUGCCAUUCCUUCUCUCCCCUACGCUUCCCUCUCGCACCUUGCCCCGCAUUCUGGUUUUCCAGUCCCACUCCUCCUCUCCAUGCCAUUCCUUCUCUCCCCUACGCUUCCCUCUCACGCCUUGCCCCGCAUUCUGGUUUUCCAGUCCCACUCUUCCUCUCCCUGCCAUUCCUUCUCUCCCCUGCGCUUCCCUCUCGCACCUUGCCCCGCAUUCUGGUUUUCCAGUCCCACUCCUCCUCUCCAUGCCAUUCCUUCUCUCCCCUACGCUUCCCUCUCACGCCUUGCCCCGCAUUCUGGUUUUCCAGUCCCACUCUUCCUCUCCCUGCCAUUCCUUCUCUCCCCUGCGCUUCCCUCUCGCACCUUGCCCCGCAUUCUGGUUUUCCAGUCCCACUCUACCUCUCCCUGCCAUUCCUUCUCUCCCCUACGCUUCCCUCUCGCACCUUGCCCCGCAUUCUGGUUUUCCAGUCCCACUCUACCUCUCCCUGCCAUUCCUUCUCUCCCCUACGCUUCCCUCUCACGCCUUGCCCCGCAUUCUGGUUUUCCAGUCCCACUCUACCUCUCCAUGCCAUUCCUUCUCUCCCCUACGCUUCCCUCUCACGCCUUGCCCCGCAUUCUGGUUUUCCACUCUUCCUCUCCCUGCCAUUCCUUCUCUCCCCUGCGCUUCCCUCUCGCACCUUGCCCCGCAUUCUGGUUUUCCAGUCCCACUCCUCCUCUCCAUGCCAUUCCUUCUCUCCCCUACGCUUCCCUCUCACGCCUUGCCCCGCAUUCUGGUUUUCCAGUCCCACUCUUCCUCUCCCUGCCAUUCCUUCUCUCCCCUGCGCUUCCCUCUCGCACCUUGCCCCGCAUUCUGGUUUUCCAGUCCCACUCUACCUCUCCCUGCCAUUCCUUCUCUCCCCUGCGCUUCCCUCACGCGCCUUGCCCCGCAUUCUGGUUUUCCAGUCCCACUCUACCUCUCCAUGCCAUUCCUUCUCUCCCCUACGCUUCCCUCUCACGCCUUGCCCCGCAUUCUGGUUUUCCGGUCCCACUCUUCCUCUCCCUGCCAUUCCUUCUCUCCCCUGCGCUUCUUUCAAUAAUCUGGCCCUACUCUCAAAGCCUUUUUCCAACCCCCCAACAGGAUCGCCUCGGCAUCGACGACGUCGUUGCCACUCUCAUUCUCUCGUCGGAUGAGACAAUAGCUGACGGCAGAGGAAAAGCUAAGGGGCAUCCCAUCUACAUGUCAUUGGGAAACAUUCAUCAUGAGGAUCGCUGGAAGCCAUACGGGCAUGCGCUCAUUGCAACGUUACCGGAGUUUCCGGCGGAGUACACGUCGGUUGACCGACUGCAGAUCUUCCAGUAUGUCUUGCACCUCGUUCUUCAACCAUUGAAAGAUGCUUCACACGUGUAA